AUGGCUGCGGAAGCGAGGCGCGGACCCGGUCCCCGAGGGGCCGCCGUCGGGGAAGCGGUGAUGCUAUUGCUGUGCCUGGGGGUCCGGACCGGCCACCCCUACAACGUAGACACUGAGAGCGCCUUGCUUUACCAGGGACCCCCCGGCACGCUGUUCGGCUACUCAGUGGUGCUGCACAGUCACGGGGCGAACCGCUGGCUCGUCGUGGGGGCGCCCACUGCCAACUGGCUUGCCAAUUCGUCUGUGGUCAAACCCGGGGCGAUUUACAGAUGCAAGAUCGGAAAGAAUCCAAACCGGACUUGCGAACAGCUCCAGCUGGGUAGCCCUCAUGGAGAACCUUGUGGAAAGACUUGUUUGGAAGAGAGAGAUAAUCAGUGGUUGGGUGUCACACUUUCCAGACAACCAGGAGAGAAUGGAUCCAUUGUGGCUUGUGGGCAUAGAUGGAAAAAUGUAUUUUACAUCAGGAAUGAAAAUAAGCUCCCUACUGGUAUUUGCUAUGGAAUGCCUUCUAAUUUACGAACAGAACUGAGUAAGAGAAUGGCUCCAUGUUACCAAGAUUAUGUGAAAAAAUUUGGAGAAAAUUUUGCAUCAUGUCAAGCUGGAAUAUCUAGUUUUUAUACAGAGGAUUUAAUUGUGAUGGGAGCCCCAGGAUCAUCUUAUUGGACUGGCUCUCUUUUUAUCUACAAUAUAACUACAAAUAAAUACAAGGCAUUUUUAGACAAAGGCAAUCAAGUAAAAUUUGGAAGUUAUUUAGGAUACUCAGUUGGAGCUGGUCACUUUCGGAGUCAGCAUACUACUGAGGUAGUUGGAGGAGCCCCUCAACAUGAGCAGAUUGGUAAAGCAUAUAUAUUCAGCAUUGAUGCAAAAGAGCUAAAUAUCUUACAUGAAAUGAAAGGUAAAAAGCUUGGCUCAUACUUUGGAGCAUCUGUCUGUGCUGUGGACCUCAACGCAGAUGGCUUCUCAGACCUCCUCGUGGGAGCUCCCAUGCAGAGUGCCAUCAGGGAGGAAGGAAGGGUGUUCGUGUACCUCAACUCUGGUUUGGGAGCAAUAAUGAAUGAAAUGGAAACAGUGCUCAUUGGAAGUGACAAAUAUGCUGCAAGAUUUGGAGAAUCCAUAGUUAAUCUUGGCGACAUUGAUAAUGAUGGCUUUGAAGAUGUUGCUAUUGGGGCUCCCCAAGAAGAUGACUUGCGAGGUGCUAUUUACAUUUACAAUGGCCGAGUAGACGGGAUCUCAGCAAGCUUCUCACAGAGAAUUGAAGGACUUCAAAUCAGUAAAUCAUUAAGUAUGUUUGGACAGUCUAUAUCAGGACAAAUUGAUGCAGAUAAUAAUGGAUACAUGGAUGUGGCAGUUGGUGCUUUUCGGUCUGAUUCUGCUGUGUUGCUAAGGACAAGACCUGUUGUGAUUGUUGAAGCAUCUUUAAGCCACCCUGAGUCAGUAAACAGAACGAGAUUUGACUGUGUUGAAAAUGGAUUGCCCUCUGUGUGCAUGGAUCUAACACUUUGUUUCUCAUAUAAGGGCAAAGAAGUUUCAGGUUACAUUGUUUUGUUUUAUAACAUGAGUUUGGAUGUGAACAGAAAGGCAGAGACUCCAUCCAGAUUUUACUUCUCUGCUAAUGGAACUUCUGACGUGAUCACAGGAAGCAUUCAAGUAUCGAGCAAAAGAGCUAAUUGCAGGACACAUCAAGCAUUUAUGCGGAAAGAUGUCCGGGAUAUCCUCACCCCCAUUCAAAUCCAAGCUGCUUAUCACCUUGGGCAUCAUGUGAUAAGUAAGCGUAGCAUGGAGGAAUUCCCACCACUUCAGCCAAUCCUUCAGCAGAAGAAAGAAAAGGACAUGAUUAAAAAGACGAUAAACUUUGCAAGGUUUUGUGCCCAUGAAAAUUGUUCUGCUGACUUACAGGUUUCGGGAAAAAUUGGAUAUUUGAAGCCAUAUGAAAAUAAAACCUACCUUGCUGUUGGGGGCAUGAAAACGUUAAUGUUGAAUGUGUCGUUGUUUAAUGCUGGAGACGAUGCAUUUGAGACCACUCUGCAUGUCAAGCUACCCACAGGUCUUUAUUUCAUUAAGAUUUUAGAACUGGAAGAAAAGCAAAUAAACUGUGAAGUAACAGAUAAUUCUGGCAUAGUGAAACUUGAUUGCAGUGUUGGUUACAUAUAUGUAGAUCAUCUCUCACGGAUAGAUAUUAGCUUUCUCCUGGAUGUGAGCUCACUCAACAGAGCAGAAGAGGAUCUCAGCAUCACAGUGCAUGCCUCCUGUGAAAAUGAAGACAUGGACAGGCUAGAGGAUAACAAAGUGACUUUAGCAAUACCUGUGAGAUAUGAGGUUAUGCUAACUACUCAUGGGUUUGUGAACCCAAAUUCAUUUGUGUAUGGAUCAAGUGAGGAAAAUGAGCCUGAAGCAUGUAUGACAGACAAAAUGAACUUCACUUUCCACGUUAUCAACACUGGCAUUAGCAUGGCUCCAAAUGCGAGUGUGGAAAUAAUGGUACCAAAUUCUUUUACUCCUCAAACUGAUAAACUGUUCAACAUUUUGGAUGUCCAGACAACUAUUGGACAAUGCCAUUUUAAAAAUUAUGAAAGGCAGUGUGCAUCAGAGCUGCAGAAGGGUACACUGGAGACCUUGAGGGGCAUAUUCAAAUUCUUGUCGAAGACUGAAAAGAGGCUAUUGUACUGCAUGAAAGCUGAUCCACAUUGUUUAAAUUUCUUAUGCCAUUUUGGAAAAAUGGAAAGUGGAAAAGAAGCCAGUGUUCACAUCCAGUUGGAAGGCCGGCCAUCCAUUUUGGAAAUGGAUGCAACGUCAGCACUCAAAUUUGAAAUAAGAGCAACAGCCUUUACAGAACCACAUCCAAGAGUUAUUGAGCUAAACAAGGAUGAAAAUGUUGCACAUGUUCUACUAGAAGGAGUACAUCAUCAAAUACCCAAACGUCAUUUCACAAUAGUGAUUAUUUCAACUAGUUUGCUACUUGGUCUUAUUGUACUUUUAUUGAUUUCAUAUGUUAUGUGGAAGGCUGGCUUCUUUAAAAGACAAUACAAAUCUAUCCUACAAGAAGAAAACAGAAGAGAUAGUUGGAGUUAUGUCAACAGUAAAAGCAAUGAUGGUGAUUAAAAACAGAUUACAAGAAGACAUGAUUUUUUCUCAGAUUCUUCCAUAUACUCCUUUGCUUUGGACCUGAAUUCUGUCUUAAUUGGAGGGAAUAAUUCAAGCAGUGAUCACUGAAAGAGAAUAACUGCAAAGGCAAUACUUAAUAGCUGAAAGGUCAACUUUAGAUAUAAUGAGUAGAAAAACACUACAGCCUUUGAAUUAUUAAAAAAAAAACUAAACCCUUGCAGAUAUAUUAAGUACAUCUGAAUUAAAUCAUCUUGAACUUCAUAUGUGCUCACUUUGGCCAAGGAAAUCCACUGAAUGGGCAUUGGUUCAUUUCAAAUACAUCUUUGAGACUUAUAUGAAGCAUAUUUUUAAAAAUAAUUUAUAAUUUUAAAGCAGUGUCCCUGAAUCUUUUAAUGAAUAAAAGAGGAAGACCAUUACUUCAAAGCAUGUUUUAUUUUUAAAGAUCUGCAUUUGUAACACAUUUUGUAUGGCAACUGUUUUACUCCGAAAUGACACACUGGUUUCAGCUUAAUGGACUGACUUGUGGAGAAUUAUACAGCUACGGAUUUUUCCCCCCUGUAUAUAUACAUUUUUUAAAGAAUGUAAACUUUGCUAUAGGUAUAAAUCCACUAGCCUCCUAUAAUACACUUGUCAAGAGUACCCAGGAGUAAAUUUUUUUUAAAUCUUCAAACUUUUUUGUUUAUAAAACUAUUCAAGUAUUCUAAUUUAUAUUCUGAAACAGAUUGUAAAUGUUGCACUUUAGCUGCUAUACACUGAUAUAAGAAAUAUGAAAACUGUGCCUCCAUAGUGAUUUAUAAAAGCUGUUCCAGGAAUGAUUAGGGGGCUAACAUUUCAUCUGUUUGGUACUGUAUUAAAUAGUCACUGUCCCAAAUUAAGCAAACAUUUGCCUGGUUGUAAUAUUUCAUUACUCUUUUUGAAUAUGUUCUUAUCAGGUCUAUAACAGCAUUCACUUCUCCAGGGAAAUGGAAAAACAAAAUUCAUAGUUCACUGAAUAUUUCCAUACAGUGAACAUUAAUAAUGUUUUUUCAGAUCUAUUUUAAAAUGAAAUAGCUUUCUGAAUUUUAAAUAUUUAUUUUGAUGCCUGUGAUCUAGAUGCUGGUGACUUUGGAAUAUAAUUUCAUCUGGAUCUCUUUAUGUGUAUAAGAAACCUGUGGCCAACUUUUGAACAUCUGUUCUAGGAAGCAAUCAAGUAGAUAAAUAAGAAACCAGUCUUUACUGUGGGGAAUACUGCUUUGCAUAAGGGCUCUGCUGCCAGCUGUCCCAUUCCUCAGAUUUUCUGAUUCAUGGAAGUUGCUUAUUCACAAGCCUGAGACUGGUGGCUGGAGAAUGAGAAAUGUACUGUGAUUUGCCAAGGCAUUUAUUUGAGCAAAGUUGAACACAAAGCCUCCUUAACUGUGUACAAGCAAAACUAAAAUGUAUAUAUUUUAAGAGCGCUUUUUGUCAAAAAGACAUUUUUAUGCUUUUAUCAUCAUUAUAAAAAGCCAAGUAAUAUUCUACCCAGCUAUCCCACUCCUCAGUCUAUACCCAAAGGACUUAAAAUUAGCAUACCAUAGUGACACAGCCACAUCAAUGUUUGUAGCAGCUCAACUACGAACCAACCUAGACGUCCUUCAACAGACGAAUGUAUAAAGAAACUGUGGUACAUAUACAUAAUGGAAUAUUAUUCAGCAUUAAAAGAGAAUAAAAUCAUGGCAUUUGAAGGUAAAUGGAUGGAGUUGGAGAAUACCAAGCUCAGUGAAGUAAACCAAUCCCAAAACACCAAAGGCCAAAUGUUCUUUCUGAUAAGUGGAUGCUGAUUCUUAAUGGGCAGAAGGGGUGUGGAAGAAUGGAGGAACUUUGGGCAAAGGGGAGGGAGGGCAGGAGGCAUGGGGGCAGGAAUGAUGGUGGAAUGAGAUGAACAUUAUCCUAGGCACAUGUAUGACUGCACAUAUGGUGCAAUUCUACAUCAUGUACAACCAGAGAAAUGAAAAGUUGUGCUCCAUUUGUGUACAAUGAAAUGAAAUGCAUUCUGCUAUCACAUAUAAUUAAUUAAACUAAUUUUUAAAAAGCCAAAUAACUUUUAGAAAUAUAUCUAGGAUCACUCCCUCAUGAAAAAAGUCAAGCACCAAUUUAGAACUGUCUUCUCAAGAAUGGUCUCUAAAGAAAUUACGUUGGAAAUCAAGAGCUAUGAUUUCUGGACCUAUGCAUCUCAGGUACAAGAGUAACACAGCUACCAAUUAGGCUUUUACAUAAUUCUAAAUAAAAUGUUAUCAACUUUAAGUUUACCUAUAUGAUGAAUUUAUAAACCUCACCACUGAACAACAUUUUCUCAAAGAUGGGAUUAUUCUAUUUUGGCAGACAGGCUAAGCAUUAGAAAGAUUUUCAAAAAACAUGGUUCUGUUUCUGGUUACACAACUAAAUGUGUCAUUUUGGAAUUUAACUUCUCUAAAUUUGUUGUCUAAUUCAUAAAAUCAGGGAAGUACAUGAUGGAUUCAAAUCUUGUAAAAUAAAAGAGUCCAAAUGAAUUAUCUUGAUUAAAUAUUGAUAUCAUAAAGGUUAAACAUAUGAAAUGUUUCAGUUCCAAUAAACACCUAUACAAACCAGAAUUUAAAUUGUUUUUGAUAUUUCAUAUUUUCAUCUUGAUUUUCAAAAACCUCCUAGAAGCUUUUUAGUAUCAAAAAUAGCAAUUUUACUUUUAAAACAUUUUCUUAAGAUAUCUGUUUAAAGAAUGAGCAAAUUUCUUCAUAUUAAAAUUCUAAUUUGCACAUUUCUUUUAUAAACAAUUACAUGUUACUUGGAAAUCAUUCACUUCUUCCAGGCUUCCUCCAUAAAGACUGAUAAGUCUUGGAUGUAAUCUGUAAAGAAUAUACAUAACUUAUUAUUUAAUCAACCUUUGAUUUCAAACACAUACAUAAUGAUUAUGGUACAUAGUAAUACCACCUAAAAAUUACUAAUGGCAAAGAUGCAAACUUAGAGUGCCUCAAAAAACACUGGUAACUAUUUCAAAGCCACCUAGACUAAUGCUCCAUAUUGCCUCUGUGGAACAGUCUGUUGUCCCUCUAGCAACAAUACAUCUAGUAGGUGCUCCUACACGUUUGCCCAUUAAAACGUAACACUUAACCAAGAAUUAGCUUGUAUAUUCCUAAAUCUAUUUGUAUCAAUUGCUCUCCUCAUGUACCAAUAUGUAAAAGUGUUCUGUAAAAUACGUUGAAUAUUUUGUAAAGACUUGAUAAAAGCAAACUCCUGAACAAGGUGCAAUGGUAUUAGAAAUGGCUGAAACUAAAGACUGUAUACACCAUUCAGAUGACUUCACAAAGCCUUGAGAUUUUGAACCAUUUUUUAAAAAUCUAUAAAAGUUAUAGACACAUUCACUGUAGAGUUUAUGCAGAAUAAUUUGGAAUGCCAACAUAGAACCCCAACCAAAAAAUUGCCAUUGCACUAUACUAUGUAAGAGUUGCUGAAUAAAUAUGAAGUUAUACUUUUCUAUUGAAA